GUUUAAUGCAUAUUUGGAAACCACGAAGCUAGAUAUCGUGCUGUGGAUAUCUGUGCUGGCUCGCUCGCUCGAUCCCAGUGUUUACGAGGGCUUCGGAAGUGUGAGUCCUUGCGUGUGUGUGUGUGUGUCUGUGUGUGUGUGUGUGUGUGUGUGUGUGUGUGUGUGUUCGAUGCUCUUUUUUUUUUUUUUAGUGAAUUCGUGGCUUUAUUUUGCUAAUUGUUCAUGAGUCUUUGAAUUUUUCUGUAGUAAUCGUGUGUGUGUGUGUGUGUGUGUGUGUGUGUGUGUGUGUGUACCUGUCAGUCUCUCAACGCUAUAAACCAAAAUUCAAGAACAUCUUAACCACAUUUACCUUCUUUCACUUUCCUUCACCUUUCAGCUCCCUCCACCACCACCACUGCCACCACCACCACCGCCACCUGAACAGCAUGGUGAGCCAAAUGGACGCUCUGCUCAACCACUUGGGGAACGGAAGAUGGCUCCAUCUACAUGCCACCUUACAUCUUCGGCGGCGCGUUCCUAGCCCCGCGUCUAGACUACACGUGUCUCCCCAGCACCGCCGCUGUAGGACCUUCCAAUGCCUCCGUUUUCUUUGACUCAGCCCGCUCCUCUCCCGCCUCCAAUUUCUCCUCUGAAGACAAGUGCCACUACAGAAUUGAUACACCAGGGGGGGAAAGAAUUGAGGAGUGUGUGGAGUUUGUCUUCGAUAACUCCACUUUCUCCUCCACUAUUACAUCUGAGUUCAAUCUGGCAUGUGAUCGAGCAUACUUACAGACUUUCUUCCAGAGUACGUACAUGUUUGGUAAUCUCUUGGGUUCUCCUGUCAGCGGGUUCCUGGCUGAUAAGUACGGGAGGAAAAAAAUAGUAUUCCCUGGCUACGUUAUGUAUAUGCUACUGGGUGUCGUGUCCUCGUGGCUCCCCUACCUCUCCACCAUCCUCGUGGCUCGUUUCCUUAUGGGUUAUCUUCAUUCUAUCAACGCUUACACGUCCUUCGUCCAUGGCCAAGAAGUACUAACACCCAAAGUAAGGAAAUGGUUUGCCUUCGACUUGUACAUCUUCUGGGCCGCUGGCACGAUGCUGUACGGCUUGCUGGGCUACUUGAUACGAGACUGGAGGCUCCUGCAGACUGCCGCGACCCUGCCUGGCCUGCUCGUGAUGCCUGUCAUAUGGAUGAUUGACGAGUCCCCGCGGUGGCUGAUCGUGAACGGACGGCCCCGGGAAGCCCUGCAGGUGCUGACGAAGGUGGCGCGCUGGCACGGCGUGGACCUUCCCCCGGAGGCUGAGAUGAAGGCAGUUCUGGAAGAGCAGAACGCGGAAGUCCCUGUUGGGGCACGGCAGUCCUCAGUGGAGAAAGUUCCCAGCUCCUUUGUGGCAGAGAUUUUGGUGCUUUUCAGAACGCCGCAGCUGAGAACCAUUACUCUUUGCAUCCUCUUUGACUUCCUAAUUGUGGGCAUAGUGUACUACGGGAUGUCCCUCAGCGGAACAAACAUCAGUGACGAUCCCUUCAUGUAUAUAGUCCUCUGUGGCCUGAUGGACGUGCCUGUCUACCUCUGCAUUGGCCGCAUCAUGGAACGGUUUGGCAGGAGAGUCACUCUUUCUCUCUGUUAUUUCAUUGCUGCUGUGGUUCUGCUCGCCCUCUCUGUCACGCCGGAUGCACACAGCACCGUCAUAAUCCUGCUAGCCAUCAUGGGUAGGAUGGCCGCCGCUGCAGCCUUCCAGAUCGUGUUAUUCUACUCCAACGAGCUCUUCCCAACGGAAGUGCGCAGCCGGGGAGUGGGCGCCUCCUUCGUGAUGUCUUGCUCGGGUGGUAUCGUGACCCCCUUCAUCACGGAUCAGGUGAGCGCCAUGUACCCGUGGGCGCCCUUCGUGGUGUUCGGAGUGGGCUCCUCGCUGGCAGGGUUGGGGACAUUGCUGCUGCCGGAGACUCGAGGCCAGACCCUGCCUGACACCGUGGCGGAGCUGGAGGCGAGAGCGAAGAAUCGGCGCGCUGGAGGAGGUGGCGUCUUUGCAGCAAACACCAGGCUGCCAGAAUGCGCACAGUCAAGUCUCUCUCAGAAUAUUUAGGGGAAGGAAAGUGUGAAAGUACGCCCCUCGCAGUGUCUGAGUGUGAUGAGUGGCGCUGGAUGUGGAGAGAUGUCACGCUACCUAUAAACAAAUGACACGCGACAGAAGGAUUUGUUGAUUGAAUACAUGCAUUAAAUAACUCUGGGGAUUAAGUCACUGUGUUUGUUCGAGACUAUGCAUCUUUGUAAUUGACUUAAGAGUGUAUCCCGUUAUUAAAGAGAGGAGGGAGGAUAUAGAAGAUGGGUCUACCCGGCGUGUGACAGAGAGGUAGAGAAAAGAAGGCUGAUGAAAGCAGUGAAGGAAGACUUGGUUGUAAUGAUGACUAAGGAGUGAAGCCUGAGAAUGAGAUAGCGAGAUCACGCCACGCUGGAAUGAACUCUGAAGCAGUGAAUCCUGAAACGAGACAAACGUGAAGCACACCGGAUUUCGAACGUGUGUGUGUGUGUGUGUGUGUGUGUGUGUGUUUGACUGAUACCUAGGAACCAAAACUACCUGAUACUAAACUACAACGUCACUUUCCGAUAAACUUACGACGCGGUGAAUAAGAGAAGAGGGGAAGGGAAGGGUAAGGAAGAGAAACAUCAAGAAGGCCCCGCCGGACGAAGGAAAUGACCAGCAACCUCAGUUUCAACUUCGACAAGAAUCAACGCCUAUUUUGCUAACUCCCGCACUUCUUUUCAUAGUCAUUCCGGUGUUUUUAUUUCAUAUCACUCAAGUUCACGUGUUUAUUUCGUGUGUAUCUUCACCCCAACAUGAUUUGCACCCCUAAGCACC